GAGAAAAUAGGCGGAUUCAUAAAUUAGAUCUCUCUUCAAUGAGGACACGGACCCAAAAAUUGAAAUAAAAUAGAUAAAUGAUUAUUGAUUUAAAAACAUAAAAAAGCCCCUUUGUCCUUUGGUUUUCCUUCUCCUAACAGCGUUUGGGGUGUAAAUCUAUAAAUAUCAGUAAAUCCUCGUAAUGAAACCCUAAAAAUUUGCUGACACACUCUCCCUUUAUCUCUUUUUCUGCGAAAUUGAGCUGAAUUUAUCUAUCUAGGGCUUUGGAUUUGGGAAUUUGAUUGGGAAAUUGAGGAACGAAAACAAGGGGGCCACAUGGAGGGAAUAUUGUCCGCGAGUGAUAAGCAGAGCAUGGUCUCCUCCUUUCUCGAGAUCGCCGUUGGUCAAACUGCCGAAACCGCCAUGCAGUUUUUGCAAGCUACAAGUUGGAAGCUUGAUGAAGCUAUUCAGCUGUUUUAUGUUGGUAAUGAAGGUGGUGUAGCUGCAUCGGCUUCAGAGUCUCCAGCAGUGGAACACGUGGAUUCUUGGGUCGAUCAAAUUUCUGGGGAGUUGAAGGAGUCUGGAAAUAAUAAUGUUGGAUCCAUCGAUGGAGAGGAAGUACGCCCUCCUUUGCCUGUAGUAAGGGAGACACUUUAUGAUGAUGCAUUGCUAUAUGGAUCAUCAAGGUUGGGAUAUCCUCCCCAACAGUCGAGUUCGGUAAUUGCAUUCCGUAAUUUUGAUGAGGAAAUGAAACGCCCCGGGGUUUGGGAAUCAGAUGAAGGCUCUUCUUCCACAGUAGAUGCUCCUCGAGAUAGUCUUGCCUCUUUAUAUCGUCCUCCUCAUCAUCUGAUGCUCCUGGGACCAUUUGAAAAGGCAAAAGCUACUGCAUCUGUUGAGGACAAGUGGCUUCUUGUGAACUUGCAAUCUACCAAGGAGUUCAGCUCACAUAUGCUUAAUCGAGAUACAUGGGGAAAUGAAGCAGUUUCUCAAACCAUUAGCACCAACUUUAUUUUCUGGCAGGUAUAUGAAGAUUCAAGUGAAGGCAGGAAAGUUUGUACCUAUUACAGGCUAGAUUCAAUUCCUGUAGUGCUCGUUAUUGACCCAAUCACAGGACAGAAAAUGCGUUCCUGGUGUGGUAUGGUUCAACCCGAGAGUUUGCUGGAGGACCUGGUACAAUUCAUGGAUGGUGGCCCUAGGGAUUAUCAUGCAACUCUCUCUCAUAAACGUCCAAGAGGAAGCUCAGUUACACCACAACAAAAAAUUAAAGUGUCAACAGAUGAAACCAAUGAAGAUGAGGAAAUGAUAAGAGCAAUAGCAGCUUCUAUGGAGAACGUGAAAGACGCUAUUAAAACAACUUCAGAUGAUAAAGUUUUAUCCACUGCUGACAAGGAGGAACCAUGCUCGACUAAGCAGCCUAUGUAUCCACCUUUGCCUGAAGAACCUAAGGGUGAUAGGAACCUCUUAUGUAGGGUUGGAGUCCGUCUUCCUGAUGGACGUAGGGUACAGAGAAAUUUUCUUCGCACUGAUCCAAUACAGCUACUGUGGUCAUUUUGCUAUUCUCAACUUGGUGAAGCUGAAUCAAAGCCAUUCCGCUUAACCCAGCCGAUUCCUGGAGCCUCAAAAACUUUGGAUUAUGAUAGUAAAUUAACUUUUGCAGAAUCAGAGCUCGCCAAUUCUAUGAUCUCGGUUGCAUGGGAAUGAACACUGUGAAGUCGACACUGGUUUUCAAGUUUCUUCAACCAACCUACCGUUGAAGAUUUUGGUUUACAAACUCUUAUAUCCCUGUUUGUUGCUUUGUGUUGGCUCUUCAAAGAAGUUUAUUUGCGAUGAUAGGGGGCUUGGGAUUAAGGAACCACCAACUUUAUUAUGUGUAUAUACUCAAUCAUGUCUUUUAACACUUAUUGCAGUUUGUUUUUUUCUUUCAAAAA